AUGAGAUGGAGGGCUCAGCACACAACUGCAGUAGUAGGAGAGGCCCUGUACUGCUGGGGAGGGGACCAGGAAGGAUUAGUUAGGUCGCACGAUUCUCCUACAAAGAGACAGUGUACUUCUGCUAUUGAUGCAUUUAACUUAUUAUCUGGUGUUUGGUCCUCUCAACCUACGAGAGGUACUCCUCCUUUGGGAAUCAUAGGAGUCUCUUGUACCACCAUUAAUAAUAAUAUUUAUUAUUUUGGUGGUUGGUGCGGCCAUGACACCUGCUACCAUAACAGUUUGAACUGUUUAGACACUUUAACUCUUCAAUGGAAAGAAUUACAAUCAACUAAUAACAAUUCUGUGACUAAGAGAGGCCUUGGUGGCAUGAUAGUAAUGGGAAGUGAAGGUGAACCUCAACAAUUACUGGUUAUUGGUGGAGUGGCUCCUAUAUCAACUAUUACACAGUAUCAUCAAUUUGAGUGCAAUAAAAUGACUGGUGCUGAUGAUCUUGUUAGUACUAAUGAACAGAAUAUCUACAACCUGUCCAGUGGACAAUGGACUAUUCCAUCUGUCAGUGGACAGUGUUGCCCUCCAACUAGUGGCUUUAUAAUUGAAAAGAUCAAUCAUAAUAAAGGAAUUAUGUAUGGAGGAGCAGUGACUGAUAGUGGUAUCACUAUACCUACUAACAGUAUCUACUUGUUUCAAUUAUCACAUAAUACAAUAAACUGGGAGAGUCUUAAACAAGGAGUAAUACCUAAUGAUGGACUGUGGCCUAAGGAGAGAGAGGGUCAUGCCAGCACUAUUAUCAAUGGUGUCUCUACCUCACCUACACUAGUAGUCAUUGGUGGACUGGAUAAUAGACAUCAACCAGUGAAUGAUUGUUUGUUAAUAGACACAAACCAGUACAAUUGGAUGAAAAUUCCUCUACCUGAUUCUGUUACUUGUAGAUACUGUCAUACUGUAUCAUCUUUUGUUUUUGAUCCUAAUCAUGUGUUCCUGACAAUAGUGGGAGGUGCUGUAAAGAGGGAACAGAAACAUGUAGGAGGAGGAGUAAUGGAAUGGUUUGAUACACCUGUGACUGAUCCUAAUAUCACAAUGGUAGUUGAACUAGUUUUUAAUGAUGGUCAAUGGUCAGUGGGUCCAGUAUUAGAUUCAGUUAAUAUUCCUUUAUUGUAUGAACAAAUACUGAAAGAAAGAAGAAAGGAAUUGAAUGAAUUCAUGACAGAUAAAGAGAAGGAGCUUCAAGUUAUCAACAAGUCUUUACGUCAUGAUCUACAAGUGGCUAGAAUUAACAACCAAUCACUUCAGGAAGCACUACUGGAGACUCAAUCACUAUCAGUCUCUAGUGCUGCUGCUCUAAUGGAAAAAGACGAAAUGAUACUAAGACUUGAAUCACAACUGCAGGAAGCUAAGAGUUUAUAUUAUGAAAAGGAUGAAGAGAAGCAGUUUGUGGAGUUCACUAAAGCGUCUGGAGAAUACAAGGGUAAAGUCAUUAAACUACAGGAUCAGGAUUUUGAUGAAAAGAUUCAUUUAGAAGAUCAAGGGAUUAUGAAGAAAGAGAAGAUCGAUUUCACUCUACACGAACAGGAUCAAUUUAGCAUCAAGGGAACUGACUCAGUUGGAGUACAAUUUAACUACAUGAUCCCUUCAAUGGAGAAGAGGAUGCUAACAUUAGAAACACAGCUACUAGAAACUAAGACUCUUCUUACUAAACGAAAGAGAGAUCAAGAGGACUCACCACACUCAGAUAAUUCUAAGAAGCUUAAAACUGAUGAGUUAGAGGAAUCAGUGGAUGAGAAACAAAUAAUGACUGGAGAAUAUGAGAAACUUAAAGCUAUAGUUGCUGAUAAUGAAUUAUAUUUGGCUGAAGUAUUGAAAGGGAAGACACAAGCAGAGGAACAACUUAAAGAAAAGCAGAUAAUUAUUGAUGAUUUCAAGACUACGGUAUCUGAGAAAGAUGCAUAUAUAUCUAAACUAUUGAAAGAGAAAUCACAACAACAGGAGAGGAUCACAUCUCAAGAGGAACAAUCGAUCAAAGAGACUAGUUCUGUUGAUGUUCAGUUCAACUACUUAAUACCAUCAAUGG